ACAAACAACUCUUUAGAAUCUAUGUCAACGAAUACUCCUGUAAGUAAUAGCAGUAUCGUUAAUGAUGUAGGGCAAAAGAUUGAAAGUUUAGUGAUAGAUUCUGGUCCUCUAAUUAAAGGCAUAAAUGUUCGAGCAUUUGCAGAAAAAAUUUACACUAUACCUGAAGUUAUUUCUGAAAUUCGAGAUAAACAUUCUCGUGAUUUUUUAAAUCAAAUUUCAUUUAAUCUUCAGAUUAAAGUACCUUCAGAUGAGGCAUUAAAAGAAGUUGUAAAUUUCUCAAAAAAAACUGGCGAUUUUGCCAGUUUAUCUGCUGUAGAUUUGAGAGUUUUGGCAUUGACCUAUAUGUUGGAAGUUGAAGCUAAUGGUACUAAACGGUUAAGAAAAGAGCCCAUCAAAUCUUUUACGAAAUUUGGUGGGAAUAACAAUAAUUCCAACAAAAAUUUUAAAAAGAAACCUUUAAAUAAACCUGAAUCGAUGGAAAUUAUUAAUAAACGGGAACAGCAGCAACAAAUUGAUGAAACAAAUUUAGUGUCAAAUUUGGAAAGUUUGAAACUCACAGAUAUUACAGCUGAAUUUUCAAGUUCAGAAGGAAUGGAUCAUCAAAGAGAUGCUGUUAGCAACCUUUACCAAGUUGAAAAUUCUGAACAAUUGAAUAACAUUGACUUUAAUAAUGAUUGUUCCUUAUCAAAAGAUGAGCCAAUUGUAGAAAUUUCGGCGCAUAAUGCUGAAAGGUAUAAUACUUCAAUACAUGUCUCAGAUCAAAAUUCUAUUAAUCAAAAAAGGAAUGAGAUAUCGGAUGUCCAUCAAGACGAAGAAUAUGGUGAUGAUGAUAUUGGAUGGAUAACUCCAGAUAAUAUUAAUGAUUAUCAAGCAAAAGAACAUGAAUUUCUCAUCAAUUUGAAGAAAGAUAAUCUUGAAAAUGUUAAAAUUGCUUGUAUGACGACGGAUUAUUCGAUGCAAAAUGUUUUGUUACAAAUGCGACUAAAUUUGAUAUCAGUUGAAGGAAAGAGAAUUAGAAAAGUGAAGAAUUGGGUUCUUAGAUGUCAUGCUUGUUUCAAAAUAACUACAAAUAUGGAAAAAAAAUUUUGUCCUAACUGUGGAAAUGCAGCUUUAAUUCGUACAUCAACAAGUACGGACGUGAAUGGUAAUGUGACAUAUUACUUGAAAAAGAAUUUUCAAUACAAUUUACGUGGAACUAAGUAUUCAAUACCGGAACCGAAAGGUGGUCGUAAUGCUAGUAAUAUUAUCCUUCGAGAAGAUCAAAAGGAAUACCAAAAAGCAUUAAAGAACCAAAGAAAACAAAAAGAAAUUGAUAUAUUUGAUCCAGAUUAUAUUCCAAAACUUUUAAUUGGAUCAAGUAAUUCAAAAUCUAUUUCCCCUGUAAUUGGUUAUGGUCGUAGAAAUCCAAAUGAAGCUAGACGAGGAAAAACCAAAGGGAGAAAAAAGCGAUAAAAAAUUUUCACAAAAUGUUAAGCUAAUGACCUAUAAUCAUAUAAAUCUCGUCACUGCACGAAAUUUUAGUAAUAAAUAAAUUAUUUAAAUAAAUUACUUUCUUCCCUGAUAGUUAAGUAAAAAAAGUUAAAAAAUGAUAAGCUACUUUUCAUUCGAUUUCACAGUUUUAGGAAGUGUUUUUUUAUAAACACCAGUGACAGGAAGUACUUCUGAAAUAGAUUAUUUCUAAAAGAAUUUAAUUUCUACCACAUGUUUUACAUAAGAAAUUAAAGCAAUCUAUAUAUUAUUUAAUGAACUAUUUUAUAAAAAGCCAAAAUCAAA